UCGAGUGUAUUCUCAGUGAUGCAUUUCAUUUCAUGUGAUUAUUGCCGCGAAACAAUUUUUGAGGUGAUUAAGCCCAUCUUCCGAUGCCACUUGUCAUUGUAGGAUCCGCUUCCACGCACUACAAAUGAGGACGCUUCACUGCAUUUCAAUUCACAGCACCAAACCUGCAAACCAUUGCCAUUUGCACGUACAGCUCUCUCUGAGUUUGCUGUGACCUGAGUGAGGUGUCAACUAUGGCAACUGUAACCGCUUCACACUUUGUGUCACAUGUCCACGGUGGAGCAACUUCAGUUGAGAGUAAACCAAACUUGGCACAGGUAAGCCUGAGAAACCAAAUUGUGACUCACAAUGGGUUAAGAUCGAUGAACACGGAUGAUACGCUCCAAUUGAAAACCAAUGCAAAGGUAACUGCAAAGCAAUCCAAGAGCAUGGUAAAAAAAGCCAAAGCUGACGGACCGUCUGGAACCAUUAUAUGUGGUACAGGGAUGAACUUGGUCUUUGUAGCCUCUGAGGUUGGUCCAUGGAGCAAAACUGGUGGGCUAGGUGACGUUCUUGGAGGGUUGCCACCAGCCAUGGCAGCCAAUGGGCACCGGGUGAUGACUGUGUCACUGCGUUAUGACCAAUACAAAGAUGCUUGGGACACUGGUGUGCUUGUUGAGAUAGAAGUAGGAGGCAGAAUUGAGAUUGUUCGCCUUUUCCACUGCUAUAAACGUGGAGUCGACCGUGUUUUUGUUGAUCAUCCAAUGUUCCUGGAGAAGGUUUGGGGAAAAACUGGAUCAAAGAUUUAUGGUCCUAAUGCUGGAACAGAUUACAAGGACAACCAACAACGCUUCAGCUUGUUAUGUCAGGCAGCUUUGAUGGCACCAAGAGUUCUGAAUUUAACCAGCAGCAAAUAUUUCUCAGGGCCAUAUGGGGAAGAUGUUAUCUUCAUUGCCAAUGAUUGGCACACAGCUCUACUUCCAUGCUACUUAAAGACCAUGUACCAAUCUAGAGGAAUCUACAUGAAUGCCAAGGUUGCUUUCUGCAUCCACAACAUUGCAUACCAGGGAAGGUUUGCGUUUUCGGACUUUUCUCUUCUCGGUCUGCCCGACAGCUACAAAAAUUCCUUCGAGUUCAUUGAUGGGUAUGAGAAGCCGGUGAAGGGAAGGAAAAUUAACUGGAUGAAGGCUGGAAUUUUAGAAUCAGACCGGGUUUUUACGGUGAGCCCUUACUAUGCCCAGGAACUUGUUUCUGGAGUUGAAAAGGGUGUAGAAUUGGACAACAUCAUUCGUAGGACUGGCAUAACUGGCAUCAUAAAUGGCAUGGAUACCCAAGAGUGGAAUCCUUCAACUGAUAAAUACAUUGAUGUCCACUACGAUAUCACAACUGUUAUGAAUGCGAAGUCUUUGUUGAAGGAAGCUCUUCAAGCAGCAGUUGGAUUGCCAGUGGACAAGAACAUUCCUGUGAUUGGAUUUAUUGGAAGACUCGAAGAGCAAAAAGGCUCUGAUAUUCUCACUGCUGCCAUCCCUAAGUUUAUUGGAAUGAAUGUGCAGAUAAUAAUACUUGGAACUGGCAAGAAAAGAUUCGAGCAGCAGAUUAAACAGCUCGAGGUGUUGUAUCCUGAUAAAGCUAGAGGAGUGGCAAAAUUCAAUGUUCCCUUGGCUCACAUGAUCAUUGCUGGUGCUGAUUUCAUGUUAAUCCCAAGUAGAUUUGAACCUUGUGGUCUCAUCCAGUUGCACGCUAUGCGAUAUGGAACUAUACCCAUCUGUGCUUCAACUGGUGGUCUUGUUGACACUGUGAAAGAAGGAUUUACUGGGAUCCAAAUGGGAGAUUUCAAUGUUGAAUGCUCCAAAGUCGACCCUGCUGAUGUGCUUAAGAUAGUUGCGGCUGUCGGCAGAGCUCUUGCAGUCUAUGGUACACUUGCUUUCAGAGAAAUGAUCAAAAAUUGCAUGUCACAGGAUCUUUCCUGGAAGGGCCCUGCGAAGAACUGGGAACUGAUGCUGCUGAGCUUAGGUGCCGUUAACAGUGAACCUGGAAUUGAAGGAGAAGAAAUUGCUCCACUUUCCAAGGAAAACGUUGCCACCCCUUGAAGGCUUAUAUGUUUCAUGAACCUCUAGUCCAGGCUCGACAAAGUGACGGGGUGUCAAGUGAAUUACACAGUAUAAAACGGUUUCUGAUUAUUCUUUUUUUUUUUUUUUUUGUUAUCAAGUAGUAUUCUAGAGUCGGCGAUUAUCAAAUGAAAUAUUUUGUGUAUGGUGCUCGUGACGAUGGGCCGGAGGUGUGGUUCUAGAUAGCAAGUGCUAAAAGUAAUGAAUCCUAACUACAAAGGCUAUGUUGGGUUUAUGACCCAAAUUAAGGAAAAAAAUUGUUUUCUUAUUUUCACGUGGAAAAAAUUGUUUCCUUAUUUUCA